AUAACCACGGGCCAAUCUGUGUCUUCCUUUUCAGGUUUGGUCCAAUCACAAUCGCCCUUUGACUUAAGUCCCGGCUCCAACUUUGUUUCCCUCAGACUGACGGUAGCCAUUACUCAUUUACUGGAUUUGUGAAACAACUCUGUGAAAAAGCUUUUUUGGAGCAAAAGGACAUUCCUCAUCUUUGCAAAAAAACGAAAGAUGGAAAACCCAACAUUUAGAAAGAGGGGAAAGGAGCUGGCCAUGCACGCCACGCCUGAGGCUCAGUCCAUCAGGGCCAAGCCUGACCAGGCUGUGAUUUGCAAGAAGCCGGAAGAAUGUGAGGCAGAGGCCCGGGCCCGUGUCGUCUCAGAGGGUGGUGAUGCUGAUUCUGUGCUGCUGGUUCUGAGCCGCUAUGCGGUUCAGUUCGGCGUGUACCGGGGUCAGACAUUUAAGUGGCUCCUAGAGAAUGACGUGGGCUGGGUUGUGGGGCUGGUGGCUAGCCAUGAGCAGGAGCGUGAGCGCAGCGUCUCCACAUCUCCACUGAUGGUCCACAAGGACGCCUUGGCCCGCUAUGCAAAUCAUUAUAUUGCCGUGAAGGAGGAAGUCAGGUUCCGGAGGGCAUUCGUGGCUUCCAAACUAAAGGCCUCACAGCCUGGACAGGAGGGCCAAGCCCUUGUUGGGUUUCACAGGUACAGGGCAGAAACACUGCAGGACCUGUAUGAGUCCCAGGACAAGGACCACAUUGGUUAUGUCAACUGGCUGAGGAAGCAGACACCCCGGAAUCCCGGGGACCCUAUGGAAGCAGCCCUGAAAUAUAUCAGGCGCCGUGACCAGGAGGCAGCUACACCCCCUUCUCCCCUUGCUGGGGUUAAGACAGCUUCAGGGCCUCUUGGUGCAGCGGUCUCUGCAUUUUUAGGGCAGCGUUCUGUGGCCCCAGGUCAACUGCAGUCAACGGUCAAGAAGAUCCUUGCCAAAAAGACUGCAGUUCCCAGGGUGCCUGCUUCCAGACCAGCUCCGCGACCAGCUCUGCGACCCGUAGAGCCCUCGGAUGCAGAGCUGGUUGCAGUUGCCAUUGCCACCGAGGACUACAAACGGUCCAGUGGAUAAGCCUUGGACAUAGAGGUCCCUGUUCCCCAUUCCAACCAAACACCUACGGACCCACCCCAGGCCUCGCAGGAUCCACCGGGAGCUG